UUCAGCUUUGCAACGUCGCGUCUGGUAUCAGCUCAAGAAUAUCUUGCUCCACCAGCUGAACUAUCACUAGAAAUCCAACAGGGCAGUGGACCAUUCGCCCCUGCAGUGGAUUCGCCAAUAAAGAUCGGUGACAAUAUCACCCUAGUGGUUCGAUCGAAAAGCCAAAUAAAAGGUGACUAUGAGUAUGAUAUGUUCGUGCACUCGUGUUUCGCGUCGGAUGGGCAAGGCAGCACUAAAAUUGAUCUAAUUGAUGGAAAAGGAUGCGCAAAUCGCCCUCAGUUUGUGUCGCAACUGAGUAGAACGAAGGAUCCAUCUGGAAUUAUGUACUACUUCUUCCAAAUAACUGCAUUCAAAUUUCCUGGUCCGGCCGACGUCUAUUUUUCAUGCUCAGUCGAAAUGACCCCGUUCCGAAAUGCUUCGGAGAUAUGUCCAAAUUACCGGCGUCGUCUACGUCAAGCCUCUUUGCAAGCCGAGCUGCGCCUCUUCGAUAGCAUAGAAGUGGAACUAUCACAAGAAGAUAUCAGCAAAAAGAAACUAUCGCGAAUAUCUUCAGAAUCGACGAACAACCUUCGCAUUUCGAAAUCUCUAUUCGCUCUCAUCGUAGCGGUGUGCUGUAUUCUUUUCAUCACCACAGUCGCAAUCUCGUUCUUGGCGAUAUCUUUCUACAUGGCACUUCACUCACAAAAACACAAGACACUUUAUUCGAUGCAUCAAUGA